UUUUACUGGAACAGGGCCAGUAUUCGUUCAUACCAAAACCCUAAACCUUGAAAGCAGGUUUAGGGUUAUGGUUGACGGUGAAGAGCUCGGCAGGAAGCAGAGGUUGGGGAAAUAUCAUAUGUGAUAGUAUUCAAGGGAUGCUCUGUUUCUCGUAUUACAAUCGCAGGCAAGCACUCGUCUCCAUUCUCUUUACUCCAUGUAAAUGUAAUUGAUGCUAUCAAAUGACUCUAUAUAUCUGCAAAAGCCUCAUCUCGCUCUAUCUCAAAAGCUCUCAACACCACCUCCACAAACCUCACUUCUCCUGCUCCCUCUCUCUCCUCUUCUUCUCCUCCUCCGGACCCCAAAAAAAGAAACCAGCUAUCCCCGUCUCUACUGCCGAUUACUUGAUCAAGCGGCACCAGUUCUCCCAAGAAACCGCUCUAACGGCCGCUUCUGUGAUAACAUAUUUGAAAAAACCCGAGAAGUCCGAUUCCAUACUAGCAUUCCUCAAGGAAAGCGGUUUUUCCCAGACCCAUCUCGAGAAAACAGUCAAACGAGUCCCCCGUGUUCUCUCUGCCAACCUUGACAAGACCAUCAAACCCAAAAUCAAGAUUUUCCAGGAUUUGGGCUGUACGCCCACCGACAUUGCUUAUAUUAUAUCGCAAGACCCGUGGAUCCUAAAUAGGAGUGCUAAUAAUGGCUUGAUGCCAUCAAUUGUAGCAUUGCAGAGUGUUAUGGGUUCGAACUCGGAUGUCUCUAAGGUUUUGAAGAUUUGUGCGCGGUUUCUGAAACAUGAUUUAGGGAAGACCUUGAAACCUAAUAUUGAAUUCAUGAAGAGUUGUGGAAUCAGCACGUCACAGAUAAAGAAAGUUGUAUUUAGCUUCCCGAGAUUUUUGCUGCAUAAGCCGGAGAGUAUUAAAGAUUCUGUGAGGAGGGUUGAUGAAAUGGGGUGUGAUAGAAAGUCUAAGAUGUAUCUUCAUGCAAUUCGAAAUUUGAGUUCAAUGACACUAGAGAAUUGGGAACUGAAAUUGAAACUUUUCCGGAGUCUGGGAUUUUCAGAAAAUGAAAUUGUAACAUCGUUUAGGAAGGCGCCUCAGGUUUUUGCACUAUCUGAGAGGAAAAUUAUAGAGGGAACCAGAUUUCUGCUUACUGUAGGGAAUUCUGAUAUGUCUUAUUUGGUUAACCAUGCAGAAUUGCUUAUUUUCAGCAUUGAGAAAAGGCUCAAACCCCGUUUUCGGGUCUUGGAGUUUUUGCAAGGUAAGAAUUUGCUUCCAAAAAGGCCUAGCGUGACCACCAUUUGCAAGAUAUCUAAUAAACAGUUCAUUGGAAAGUACGUGCUUCCUUAUUCAAAUGAAGUUGGGGAUUUAUACAUGGUUAAAGAAGGUUCAUAGACAUCAAAACUGCUGUUAUUGAGACUCUCAUAUGAAAACCAUGCUGAUAAAUAGAUCUCAAUACCAUCUUGACUUCUGUUGGAGUUCUGCAUUCUGGGAACUGCUCUUUAACAGAUGGUAUGGGAAAAGAAGCGAAGAGAAGAUGGAGGUGAUGGCAGGUGUUAGUUACUCUAUUUGCACAAAAUAUUUACAUUUGCACUAGUGCUUAGGAACUCUUCUUGCACUAAAUCUUCAUAUUAGUUAUUUUGUAUCCUUGGUAUUAACAGGGAGAAAACUAUUAAAUCUUCAUGUUACUGCAUCAUACUUAUUGAGUUAGAACAUAUUUUUUAAUUGCUAUAUCUUGUUUGAUUUGAGGCAACAUUUUGAUUAACCAUAUCAAGUAGCAUGUUGGUAUGCACUGGCAAUAUCGUGCCAGAAAAAUCGUGUUUUCCCUUGCAGCCUUUUUUCCUCUUAUUUGUUUGUAACUUAUGGAGCUGGGCCAAAGUGUAUUUAGGCGAGGAGUCUCUCUCCCUUAUAGGCUUUUUGGAGUGGGUAGCAUCCACUUAAGGGGAGGUAGUCUUUUUUUGGUCUUGUAGCUCUUUUUUGAGGCUUUAGCCGCCUUGUAUACUCCCUGUAUGCUCUGUGGCUUUUAGCCUUUUUCUAAUGCAUAUCUUGUUUACUUAUAAAAAACAAAAAGAUUGUGUAUAUAUGUGUAUUAUAGUAAAUAAAUUUCUAGUGUAUUUUGUUUCACAAACACCAAGUAUUUUGAGGUGUAUGCAACUUUCUUGUUUCUAACUUGUCAUCUACUAGCAGAUAUGUAAUAUCGUAAAAUGUGUAAUUCAUUCACACUCAUCUUGGGGCAUAAAAGAAUGUGCAUACAUUCAUCUUGGGCUUAAAAGAAUGUGCAUGCAUGUGUAUUAUAGUUGAUAAAUUUCAAGUGUAUUUUGUCUCUGAAGCAUCAAAUAUUGUGAGGUGCAUGCAACUUUCUUGCUUCUAGAUUGUCAUUUCCUAGCAAAUAUGCAAUGCAUCCAGAGGGGAUGACAACACACCCAUGAUCUUGGGUUUGGGGCUUGGGCAUAACCCAUUCCACAUAACCCAAGUGGGGAUGACAAUACUCUCAUCUUGAGUUCCCACCUGGGUCGAAUCAGCUCUGGCCUUAUGCAUCACCCAUCAUCUAGGGUUGGGGACUUGAGCACAACCCAUUCCACAUAACCCAAGUGGGGAUGACAACACACCCAUCUUGAGUCCCCUCCCAGGUCAAACCAUCUCUGGCCUCACACAUCAAUGGUCAUUUUCUCCUAGGGAGGGGCAUUGUUGCAUACCUAACAAUUCCUUCCCCUAAUAGGGGGCUCCUGUGGCUUGAACCUAUGACCUAGCUCUAAGACCAGUUAUUAGAAUUAAGGACUUAACCAUCUCAUCUUAAAACCAAUUGGUUGUUAGUGGGGUCAAGUUAGUCCUCUUUGUGUGGUUCGAUGUCAUACUCAUUUGCACUCAUUUUAGAACUUAACCAUCUGGGGUACACAGUGGGGCGAGACCCAUCCCACACAACACACCUAUCUCGGGCCUUGACCAUUUUUUGACCUUACACAUUCAUUCCAAGAUCAUUUGUAAAUAGCCUUUUUCCCUAGGGAGCAACAUUGUUGUAUAUCUAAUAGCCUUUUUAUCAUUUACUCCAAACUUCCAUUGUACAUUUGAUACAAUUCUACAGGUAAGUGUGUGAUGCUUUCUACUUACAGAAAAAAGAAAAAGAAGAAGAAGAAGAAGAAGAAGAAGAAGAAAAGAAAACCACAAAGACAACAAAUCUGGCUGCUUGGAACAACACAAACAAACAAAAGGGAAAAAGAAGAAAAACCUUUUGGAACUUUCUGUUACAAUCUUAAGACAGGAUCUGACAACAGAUUACUUACGAAAUUGGUGAAAAUGCUGUAAGGAAUCACUGGUUCAAUAGUCUGAUAAAUUUGCAAAGAGCCAACCUGUUAAUCAAGCUUCUUAGAUUACCUGAACUGAGUUGAUUUUAAUUGUGGGGCAUAUGUAGCAGUAUCAAAUUAUCCUGCACUUUAGGAUGUCUGCGGCAGCUUAUCUGUCUUCAAAUUGACUUCUCACACGCUCCUCUAUUAAGUAAUGGGCACAAGCAACAAUCAAUGUGUGCCAGAUCGGUGAAUCAUGGCCAGAUGCUGUAAUUUUCUACCCAGACAAGUGGAUGACUUUCUGCAUCUAACUCUCUAAAGUUCUGAAUGUUGCUAAUGUUGUUUGUGGGUUACCAAUAACAACAUCGACCUUUGUUAAAAUUACCAUGUGUUGUUGAUGACUGAAUGACAGUAAUUAUCUUUGCUAAUGUUUCCUGUGGGUUGCAUUUGUUGACUUGUUAUUGACAGGAUGAAACUAUAUGGUCACAAUAAAUCUGAAACAGGAAAUCAGCAAAUGAGGAUUGCAUGGCAGCAGUGGCAGCAGGGAGAGGAGUACUAGUGGUACUGGUUUGUUAUUUCUUUUUGUAGAAUUAGUUAUCCUUUUUUACAUGGUGAUGUUUAUUUUGCGUUGUCAGACUAGUUCUUUCUUCAGUUUGAGGUCCAAAAAUAAAUUGCUAUAGAAAUAUCUAUCAUCGUUGAUGCAAUACAAUAAUAUGAAAACCCUA